AUGCACCGCAUUAAAGGUAUUUAUUCAAAUUUCUUUGUGCUCAAAUUGUAUAAAUACAUGAACACUUCGAUGUCCACCUCACAGUUAGUCAGGUCCAUAACAAAUCAACAACCAUGAUCCGAGUUCUCGUUCUCCUCAGUGUCUGUGUCGCUAUGGCGUACUCCGCCGGAUACCAGCCCGGUGCUUACAUUCCCGGUGGUCACAUUGGAGCUGGACAUGGUGGUGGUAUCGGCAGUGGCAUCAUCGGUAGAGGCGGAAGUCAGUGGGGCUCUAGUCGGCAGUGGUCUAGCCAAGGAGGAAUAGGAGGACACGGUGCUGGCAUUGGAAGUGGAAUAGGAAGAAUCAUCGGAGGUGGUCCCAGAGGCGGACAUAUUGGCGGAGGACAAGGGAGGAUCAACGGGGGUGGUCACGGAUGUGGGCCCUAUGGCUGUAACCAAUACGGACGUAAAUAGAUCAAUAUAAGUGGAGUUUUCAUCUUAUUAUUUAUUUUAAUUGUAAUUGUAAUAUUUAUUAUGUUCAAUUAAAUGUUCAAAAUUAA